CGGCUGCUUAUUUAAACCCAGCUGUUUAGAGGCAUGCUGGUCGUUCUCGCAGCACCCAAGAAGAAAAACAACUGAAAAGACGAGACUGCUCCAUCACCAUCAACAUGGGCAGGCUUACUCUUCUAGCAGGCUUGUGCUUGGUGCUGUGCCACUUCGCUACAUCAUCCAAGCAAAUGGGCUGCUAUUUCACCAACUGGUCCCAGUAUAGACCUGGUAUUGGGAAGUAUAUGCCCGCUAAUGUGGACCCGUUCCUCUGCACACAUCUGUUCUAUGCCUUCGCCAUGAUCAACCAUGCCAACGAGCUGAUCACGUACGAGUGGAAUGAUGAGACCCUCUACCAGUCUUUCAAUGCCCUGAAGAACAGCAAUCCCGCUCUCAAAACUCUUCUGGCUGUUGGCGGAUGGAAUUUUGGCUCAACCCAGUUCUCCAUCACCGUAUCAAAUGCUGCCAACCGUCAGAAGUUCAUCGAGUCCUCCAUCUCAUUCCUGAGAACUCAUGGAUUUGAUGGUAUGGAUCUGGACUGGGAAUAUCCUGGAUCCAGAGGCAGCCCUCCUGAGGACAAGCAGAGAUUCACCCUGCUGUGCAAGGAACUGCUGGAAGCUUAUGAGGCUGAGGCAAAUGCUACAGGACAGCCUAGACUCCUGCUGUCUGCUGCAGUAUCAGCUGGCAAAGGAACCAUCGAUGCUGGAUAUGAAAUCGCCGAAAUUGCCAAGUAUCUGGAUUUCAUCAACGUGAUGACAUAUGACUUCCACGGAACCUGGGAAAGAUUCACCGGCCACAACAGCCCCCUGUACCAGGGAUCUAAAGACGAGGGAGAUCUCAUCUAUUUCAACACUGACUACGCCAUGAGGUACUGGAGGGACAACGGCACCCCAGUGGAGAAGCUGAGAAUGGGAUUUGCCACCUACGGCCGUACCUUCCGCCUCACCUCUGCUGAAGAUGGAGUUGGAGCUCCAGCCAGUGGACCCGCUUCUGCUGGAACCUACACCCGCGAGGCAGGAUUCUGGUCCUACUAUGAGAUCUGUGGCUUCCUCGAAGGAACAAAAAUUCAGUGGAUUGACGAUCAGAGAGUGCCCUACGCCACCAAGAACAGCGAAUGGGUUGGCUUUGACACCAAAGAAAGCUUUGAGACCAAGGUCCAAUAUCUGAAAGACAACAAGUUCGGAGGAGCUUUUGUUUGGGCUCUGGAUCUGGAUGACUUUGCUGGACAGUUCUGCGGACAAGGAAACCAUCCUCUGAUGGGUCAUCUGCACAACCUCCUGGAUAUUGUGGUGCCUCCGAGGCCAUCCACCACCACCCCUAAACCUGGUGCCUCAACGAUUCCAGUAACAACCACCCCCACCACCACUACCCACAAGCCCGGCCCAGGCUUCUGCAAUGGAAAGCCCGAUGGAUUGUACCCUCAUGAAGACCCCAACCAAUUUUAUGACUGUGUGGCUGGAGAAACUAUUGUGAGGAAUUGUGGACCGGGAACAGUGUUUAAUGAUGACUGUAAGUGCUGUGCCUGGACAAAACAUUAAAACCCAAUAAACGGGCAUGGUGCAUUCAUAGCAUUCCAUGCAUGACACUGUGA